AUGACGGCGUCGACCCCCGAGCUCGCGGGGUCGGGCACGCUCCUCGACGCGCUCCGCAGGCACGCGCUGAAAGGUUCACCCGCGGCGCAGUCGCUGCGCGCGAAGCUCGGCGAGACCCGCCGCGAUGAGAAGCUCGAACGGCGGGAGCUCCUCGCCACGGCCGUGGGAGUCCACGCGGUUUUCAAGAGCCUGCGCACGGACCGCAGCCGCGGCGACUCCACCCUCCUCUCGAGCCUCCUCCACGCGCUGAAGGAGGGCUACAAGGUCAACCUGUUUAAAAAUUACAAGUCCAACGAAGGCUCGCCCGCCCAGGACGUCUACUCCGUCUUCAAGGCUCUCUCUGAGCACGUCAUCGACGCCCUCAAGUCCGAUAACCUCACCCCCGCGGAUGACCUCGCGUUCUCGGCGCUGAACGUCACGGUCCGCGACAUGAUCCAGUCCCACGACGCCAAGGGUAACCCCUUCGUCGACAAGCUCGGCGCCCUGCUCCUCCCCGAGCUCCUCGACGCGGCGCUGUGCCCGGACAUGCCAUCGGCUCGCCGCAGGGAACUCCUGGACGUCGCGGCGGCGCUCGUCGUCGACCCCAGGCGCGGCGCCAAGUGCGCGGUCGAGCUCACGAAGCUCCUAAAGUCCGACGGCUACGCGGCUCCCGCGGUGGCUGACGCCGUCGCUGAGCUCGCGCACCUCGACGAUUCCCUCGCCGCGUUCGUCUCCCUGAUGUACACAUCGCGGGACUUCGCGUGCCAGGCGCGCGUCGCCUCGAUGCUCUCCACGCUCGUCGCGAGGGCCGGGCUCGACGAGGGCGACGCGGGGCGCGCGUUCGAGUCCGUGGAUAAGGGCGGGUUCGCUCGGCUCGUCCUCGCGGCGCGGCGAGUUGAAUCCCCCGUCGCGUUUGCUCGCGACGUCUGCUCGUUCGUUCGCGCGUUCAACGCCGCAAAGGGGCGCGAGGCGACCGGCGUGACGAUGACGGCGGCGACGACGACGCGCGUGAUGGUCGGCCGCGCGCGGUUGGAGUGCCCCGCGGUCGCGUUCAACGGCGACGAGGGCUUCUGCCUCGUCGCGGCCCUCGGGGGGGACGACCCGAACGGGGAAACGCCCGUCACGUUCGCGUACGGCGAGUGCGUCCGCGUCGCGAGGCUCGCGGCGGACGGGGUCAUGACGUGCGGGGUUCACCGCGCGCCCGUCGGGUGGGAGCGGUCGGUUCACGGGGUCGACUCGCGCGACGAUGGAUGGAUCAAGGUUGAAUUUUCAGCCGCCGAUGUACCCGACGUGAAGCGCUCGCUCGCGACCGCCGCCGCAUCCCAUCCGUCCGUGUUCAAAGACGCGGCGGCGACGGGCACAUCGCGUCCGGCGUGCUCGAAGGACUCGGGGUUCACGAUGAGCGACGCCGGGAAGUCCCCGCUCGCCGCGCUCAAGCGGGCGGUGCCGACGAUCAAGACCCGCGGGCUGAACGAUUGCCACCCGGGAUCCCUCCCGGCGACCGACAAAUCCCGCGACUCGGACCUGAACCCGAGCAAGGAGCCGCUCCCGGCAAAUUUGCCUAAAGCCGUGGUCCAGCCCGCGAUCGUGUCCCUGGCUAAGGCCAACUUUGAGCCCUUCAUGCUGAGCCCGGGGCCCAAGCCGGACCUCUCAGAAUUUGACGUGAGCCCGGUGCCCUCCCCCCGCGCCUCGCUCAAGGUUCCGGCGACGCAGUCCAAGACCCCGUCGAUGUCUCCGGACCUGUCCCCGCGCGCGAUCAUGGCAGCAGCGGCGGACGCCGAGACGGAGGCGCCGACGGAGUGCUUCUCCCAGGAGGAGGCGGUGCCCGAGACCCAGCCAGAGCCGGGGCCCGCACCGGAGCCCACGCUUCGGCCAAUGUCGCAGCCCACGGCGGCGCCCACGUCCCAGCACAAGCCCCUCGGCACCCUCCUCGCGGAACCCCCGACGCUCUCGUCUGGCCGUCCCGAGAAGCUCGUCGACGGGCUCGCCGCGCUGUUGGCCGAGCCGAGCCUGAAGGCAGCAGAGCCCGAGCCCGAGCCCGAGCCCGAGCCCGAUCCCACCGUCGACACCAAGGUCAAGGUCAGGCCCAAGGCCAAGACCCCGGCGCCAGGGUUCAAACUCUCGCGGGGUAAGACCAUCAUUAACCCUCAGAACGAGCCAAAGGAGCCCCGAAUACCCAAGGAGGCGAUCCAGAUCUCGGUCAGGACCAGAACCCCGUCCCCUCCCCGCGCUCGCGUCACCCGCGCGUCCAACCGCAGCGGCAAGCCCGCCGCCGCCGCCGCCGGCGAGCUCACGAAGAACGCCGGGAGGUCCAAGGCUUCAAAGGGGAAGAACGUCGACUCAGACUCGGAGGCGGACUCCGAUUUUGAGCCUGAGCCCGAGCCGGUGCCGAAGAAGCCCGCGGCCAAGUCAAAGCCCGCGGCCAAGUCCAAGCCCGCGGCCAAGUCAAAGCCCGCGGCUAAGUCCAAGCCCGCGGCCAAGCCCAAGCCCGCGGCUAAGCCCAGGGCCAGAAGCCCCCUCGCCGCGGCAAAACCCAAGAAAGUCACUGGCGGAAAGAGGAAAAAGGCCGCCGACGCGGAUGACGACGACGAGAGGGACUACCUCACAGUUGACCCGGCGAUGCUGGACGCCUCCACCCCGCCCGUGAUGACCCAGCCAACCGGCGGCGUGAACUUUGCCGACUUUAAGCGAUCCAACCUGGACGACUUCACCCUCGUCGAGGAGACCCAGUCGCAGAUGGAACCCCCCUCCAUGAUCGGAUGGCAGGAGGUCCUCGAGCGGAAGCGCGCUCGCUCCCCGGGGAUGUCGCCGUUUCGCAGCAUGCUCCGCAAGCGCGCUUUGCAGAAAGCCCCGCAUGCGCCGAAAAAGGGCUACGGCGCCCUUCCCGUGGUUCGUUCCGACGCGGUCGCGGUCGUCGCCACGGCGGCAGCCGCCGAGCCCGCUCGCGCUCCCGUCGUCGAGAACUGGUACGAUCGGCCCAAGACCCCCGCCGCGGACAAAGAGCUGUCCAAGGACUUUGUCACCCCCACCGCCGGGCAGUUCAGGCUCGGCCGCGGCGGCGGUAAGAAGGUCCCGGACACCGCCUUCGACGCCCCCGCCAAGACUCCCCUCGGCUCCAGGUUCGGGAAAGGCGCCGCCGCGAAGACUCACGCGUCGAAACCCGAGGCGGCGCCCGAGAAACCCGAGGCGCCCGGGCACCCGGAGGCGAUCCAAACCGCCGAGCGUACCGAGCCGUUCCCCUCGCCCCCGCCCGCCAAGCGCGCCAAGCGUGCAAAGGCCGCAAAGGCCGCCAAGACCGCCGAGGCCGCCGCCGCCGCCGCCGAGAAGACGGCCGAGGCCGAGAGGGCGGCUAAGGACGCGGCGGCCGAGAAGGCUCACGCGGAUGGCGUGCGGUGGGCGGACAUCGACGCCGAGCCCGUGGUCGAGGACGAUUCGUACGGCGAGGAGGGCGGCUUCGGGUUGCCCGCGGACGAACCGACGAUCCGAACAACCGACGACCCGGUCGCGAUGAUCGCGGCGGUGGAUGAGGAAGAUCCCCCCGCGGAGCGGCUCUCCCGCUCGCCCAGCCCCGCGCGACGGACCAAAGCCGCGAAGAAACCCGCCGCCGCCGUCGCCGCGGUCGACGAGGAGGCUGCGUUGUUCGCCGCCGCCGAGACCUACGCCGCCGAGGACCUUCCCACCCUCCGCAAGAUGGGCAAGUCCGAUCCCAGGUCCGCACGAAUCGCCGUCAUCGUCGAGGCGCGCCUCGUUCGCGAGAAGGCGGCGGCGAAGACCGCCGCGGCUGAGGCUGCGAAGAAGAAGACCUCGUCGAAGAGGCGCGCCGCCGAGGACGACGGCGGGCCGAGGAAGAAGACCAAGGCGCCGCGCCCCUCAUCCCCCGCCCGUUCCCCCGCCGCCGCACCUACACCCAGCCCCCCCACGCACGGGGACGAGUCCACCCUGCGCAUGUCCUCCGGCGACGACGACGACGAGUUUGACUUCUCCGACGGUCCGGCCCCGCCCGCGACGACGACGACGACGAAGAGAGGCGUCUCGUUCCCUCUCGCCAAGGUCAGCUCCCUCCCGACCGGGUCGAAAGAGCGGUUGAAAGAGCGCCGGCCCGGGUCGACCGGGUCGAAAGAGCGGCGGGCCGAGGGGUCCAUGCCCAAGUCCGCUCGGCCGGUUUCGGUUUCCCCGAUUGCGCCGACGACGACGUUACCCGGCGCCGCGCUCGUACCCGUCAAAGUAACCGGCGGCAGGGACAAGGAGGACAUCGACGCCGUGUGCGCCGCGAUGCACGCGCUGAAGCGUAACCGCGCGAGGGAGGUGGAGCUCAAGAUCGCCCGAGUCGUGAAAGACCUUCAGGCGGAGACGCGGGCUCAGGCGCAGGCGCUCGCGGAUGAAAUCGCCGCCGCUCGGAAAUGCCACGAGGACGCCGCUCGCGCUCGAGCCGAGAAAUCAGCGGCGAGGUACGAGGCCAUCGUCGCGGACGCGGACGCCGCGCUGGCGCGAAUCAAGGCCGAGACCAAGCGCCGGAUCCGCGCGUUCGAGGAGGCGCGGGAGGAGGACGAUCGCGCGCGGGCCGAGCUGGCGGCGGCGGUGGCUCGGAGCGAGGAGGAGAUGGGUCGCAAGGCUGGCGCGGUGAAGGACUCGGUGGCGAGGAAGAGCGCGAGGGCGGCGGCCAAGGUGAGCGAGCUGCAGAAGGAGCGGGACAGCGGGCUGGGUCUGAGGGACAUGCUCAUGACCCUCGUGCAGCAGCUGGGACCGAGCGAGUGA